GUUGAAACAAACUCCGAAGGGCGCGGAUGAACCAUGGUUAAAAAGAAUAUCUUAGUUGUCACUUGUCAGGCCUCAUAUCUAACCAUGGUCAACUAACCGCGGUUAAGACACCCUACCUUUCAUACAGAUCUUUCCGGUAUAAAAUCCCAAGCGAAGCCCUCGUACGCCAUCACAUUUUUGAAUUUGCACCAAAGGCGUCUUCAUAAACGCCCCUCGGUGCAUCAGGGGCGUCUUCUCUGAUUCUUCUCCUUUUCUUCGUUUCAUUUCUGCGUUGUUUUCUCUCGAUCUGCGAAAAUGAGAGAGUGCAUCUCGAUUCACAUUGGUCAGGCUGGAAUUCAGGUCGGCAAUGCGUGCUGGGAACUUUAUUGCCUCGAGCACGGCAUUCAGCCUGAUGGCCAGAUGCCAAGUGACAAAACUGUGGGGGGAGGAGAUGAUGCUUUCAACACCUUUUUCAGUGAAACUGGUGCCGGGAAGCAUGUUCCACGUGCUGUCUUUGUAGAUCUUGAGCCCACUGUCAUUGAUGAAGUGAGGACUGGAACAUACCGCCAGCUUUUCCACCCAGAGCAGCUUAUCAGUGGGAAGGAGGAUGCUGCUAACAAUUUUGCCCGUGGGCAUUACACAAUCGGGAAGGAGAUUGUGGAUCUUUGCCUGGAUCGCAUUCGAAAACUAGCUGACAACUGCACUGGUCUCCAAGGCUUUCUGGUUUUCAACGCUGUUGGUGGGGGCACUGGUUCAGGUCUUGGCUCACUUCUCCUUGAACGUCUGUCUGUGGAUUAUGGCAAGAAGUCCAAACUUGGGUUCACAGUUUACCCAUCGCCCCAGGUUUCAACCUCUGUUGUUGAACCCUACAACAGUGUCCUUUCAACCCAUUCUCUCCUGGAGCACACUGAUGUAGCUGUGCUCCUUGAUAAUGAGGCCAUCUAUGAUAUUUGCAGGCGCUCCCUAGACAUCGAACGCCCCACCUACACCAACCUUAACCGAUUGGUCUCUCAGGUGAUUUCUUCACUGACUGCCUCUCUGAGGUUUGAUGGUGCCUUGAAUGUGGAUGUGACUGAGUUCCAGACUAACCUGGUCCCAUACCCCAGGAUUCACUUCAUGCUUUCAUCUUAUGCCCCAGUCAUCUCGGCUGAGAAGGCCUACCAUGAGCAGCUGUCUGUUGCAGAAAUCACGAACAGCGCAUUUGAGCCUUCAUCCAUGAUGGCCAAAUGUGACCCCCGCCAUGGCAAGUACAUGGCAUGCUGCCUAAUGUACCGAGGUGAUGUUGUACCCAAGGAUGUUAAUGCUGCUGUGGCCACCAUCAAGACGAAGCGCACCAUCCAAUUUGUUGAUUGGUGUCCAACUGGGUUCAAGUGUGGUAUCAACUAUCAACCCCCAACUGUUGUGCCUGGUGGUGAUCUUGCCAAGGUGCAGAGGGCAGUGUGUAUGAUCUCAAAUUCCACCAGUGUUGCAGAGGUGUUCUCACGCAUUGACCACAAAUUUGAUCUCAUGUAUGCAAAGAGGGCGUUUGUGCACUGGUAUGUGGGUGAAGGCAUGGAGGAGGGUGAGUUCUCAGAGGCCCGCGAGGAUCUUGCUGCCUUGGAGAAGGACUAUGAAGAGGUUGGUGCUGAAUCGGCGGAGGGCGAAGAUGGUGAUGAAGGAGAUGAGUACUGAGAGGUGAACCGUGUCUGCUGCCAGUCAGCUUUGAGAUGAUACCUUUUAUGCCGUUAUGCCCUUGUUAGGCAUGGCCAUGUUCUCGUUUGUUGUUGCUGUGGGUCGUGUUUUUAUUUUCUUGUCUGAGCAGCUUAGAUGCUGUUUACAUUGCUUUCUUUUGUAAUAUUUUUCCUUGAUAAUAUGAAUGUGUUCUUAUGACUGA